AGUAACAUUUUGCAAAUUGCAAUUCUGUGUCGCAAAUAAGUUUGAGGAGUUGAUUGUCUUAAUUAAUCUGUUUAGUGGGCAGAGUAGUUAGUUAGUUAUGGUGAUUGGUAAAAGGUUGGAGAGAAAUGUGAUCUGUUUGCUCAAAGAAUAAAUCAACACGGUAGUCUCAAACCUUGUUCCAAGAAGUAAAGUGUGUGUGUACACUUUUUCAUGUUGGUACAAAUAUCGAGCUACUAACUACACAUGUACAUAUGAAGAUAGUUUAUGGUUUAUACACUCUGCUCCGUUAAACUUGUUUAUUUCUCAAACUUGACAAAUUACUCGAAAAAAAAUGCUGUAAAAGAUCGGCAAUGAGUGUGGACGAUGUAAUCCUAGAUACUCGACUGCACCACAUUACACCCUUGUUUACAAAGAGAUAGAGAGAGGACAGAGACUUGCAAAUAUUUUGGCGUGGCGUUUCUUCAGCGAAACCACCCAACUUGCACAUUUGGUCGGAUUCACUUCAUGUCUCCAUUCAAACAAAAUAAUGGUCAGCCAGCAGAGCCCAUAAUCAUAAAUUUUACCAAGACCAAGUGCUGCUGCGAUAAUAUUUGGGUCAACCAGAAUCUUGAGAUUGAGACCAUUUGAAGAAAUGGCGACUAGAGGGGCACGUUUCCUCCCAUUCCUGGCUUUCGUUCUGCUAGUUGUGGACAUCGGCGUCGUCGUGGAUGGUGCAAUUGGUCGUUCAAACACCAAUACUGGAUAUUCACCCUCCAAUUCCAAAGGGGGAAACUCAUCCCCAUCGUCAUCCUCAUCUUCCUUACGAGGAUUGGAUAAAGUUCUGAACCGACUAGACGCCGGAGGUCCUCAGCAACAAUCAAAGGACUAUUAUCCCUUCUCCAGCGCGGACUCGUCAGCCACGCUUUUCAGCAACAACAAGCAAAGUCGGACCACAUCAACUUCCACCCAUCGUCCUGCCUCCUUCUUGGACAAGGAAUUCGAUGACUUGGAAGAGGACGAAUUGGACGAUGACGACUCGUACGAGGAUGAAGAUGACACUGACCAAGGAAAUAACAAUGACGUCCACGCAGACAAAUUAAGUCACUGGGCCCACCAGUACCGGAACAGAUACUUGGCCUCCAAAACGACGACAAGUACGACCACGACGACGACCACGACGACCCCUCCACCCCCACCGGCCAUCUCGUACUCGCAGUACAAGUGGAACACGUACGGGACACGGACUGGGGUGGAACAGUCUCGGAGACAGUCUUAUCAUACGAAUGGAGGCUUUAAUACGCACCAAACUGGACGACAUCAUCACGGCCACCACCACAACGGAAAUGGACACCACAACAACCCUUACGGAUCAAGAUCACAUGCACAACCCCAAACGCCAGGGUCCACAAUAAAACAGGCGGUUGAACACGCGCUGAAAGUGCAAACGGAAGGCGCCUGCAGACAUCCGCGACCCAAGUUGAUCCGAGUUCAGGAGUUUUACCCGCAUCCUGGAAAAACGUACUUGCCCCAUUGCACCAUCCUCCAUCAGUGCUCGGAUGACACGGGUUGUUGCAAAAAUGACCUCACUUGCUCUCCCAAGACGACGCAGAGGGUCGAACUCUCCUUCUAUGUAAGUACCCUCGUCGUGAGUACAAUCACCGUCGAAAGUAAUCGAGGCUCUACGGUGGAACGUCUCGUCUUUUACAACCACACCGAGUGCGAAUGUCGUGACAAACAGGAUGAAAUGAUGCCUCGAGACUUUCCUUAUCCAGAAUCUCCCUCAAAGUCACUAAUGAACAACCACUUGGACAAUGUGGGAGGAGGACAGAGCACCGGAAGCGAGAGAGGAGGCAGCCAAUACGAGUCGUCCAGUGUGAAGAACAAAAAUUUAUUGAGGUGCAAAUGUCCAUCUGGAUUUGCAGAACGGAUUCUUGGCGAGGGGGCUUGUUCUUGUGACUGUUUCGACAGGCAGACGGACUGCCUGAGGCAGAAAAGAGGACGAAAUUUUUUCAGCAUGCAGGACAAAUGGUGCAUACAAUCCGGGCGUUGCGAAAUUCCAGUAUGCAGUUACGGCAGCUAUAUCCAUUUGGCAGGUCGGUGUCCCAGGAAAAGAGAGAAAUAUUCCCUCUCGUGGCACAGAUAUCUUACGGAAUAGUCAAUUUUUUUUAUGUAACAAUGUAAAUAUCUCGAGCAAAAUGGUUCUCUCCAAAUUGUAAUUUUAAACCUUUCAAUGAUGCUAAAGAUUUUACCCUUUUUAAGCAAGCUUUAUACUUAGUUGAAUGGAUAAAACUGCCAUUGAUUGUUCUCAAGAGUAUUAAAUAACAAAAUGUGUGUAUGGUGGUGAACAUGGUGAAUUAACUCAUGUUCACAAAAUCGUUAUGUUUAACAAGUCAUGUUACUAAAUAUUUGUUGUUGCAACGUAUUAAAGUUUGUACAUAGAUUUAUGCCCAUUUUAAUCGUAAUCUUAGGUUGUAGCUAAUAUAAUAUCGAAAUAUAAUAUACGAAAUAUAAUAUAAUAUAAUAAUCGAAAUAUAAUAUCAAGGCUUUAUUGGUUACACGAAAAUAUACACAAAUAUUAUUUACUAGCUAAAGUUUUAUAUAAUGUGCAUGAGAACGCUACACAUACUCCACGAUAAUAAAACCAUCCUGCCAAUUCUAUCAGUAUGGUGCAGAACUUAUAUGUAUUAUGUUGUACAUAAGUUAACAAUGUACAAGAAAACUGUUUGAAUAAGAUUUUAUAUAUAUAGAUCUGAGUAUUUCAAUUAUGUAAUUAAGUAAUUUGAUAAUUAUUGUGAAUAUGUGAAGCGUGUUUCUGUCUACUAGAGAAAAAAUAGAGCUUUAUAGCGUGUAUGUAGCCUGCUUUUUGAUUUGUUCAUUUUCAAACUGAAAUCCAAAGCUGUAACAGCUUUCUCCACAUUUCUGGAACUAAUAAGUUAUUAGUAAUAACCAAGUAGGUAAUUACGUACGUAUGCAUGUAAGAAUACUUAAUCGAUAGUUGUGCAUACCCAAAAUCAAGACUGUUUCAUUUAUUUUUUUAUACUGAUUAAAGAAAUGUACUCAGCCCCAUGAAUUUUUAUGAUCAAUUAACUUAUAACGUUGACUUAUUUUGCACUCGAUUUAAACUAUGGCGGGUAUUUUGUAAAUUGAUCAGCAAAAUUUAGACCUUUUAAAUUCAUCCCCACAACCACAUGUGCAAAAUUUUAGAUUUGUUAGACAAUUCAAAUUCUAUCCACACUGCCAAUAGUUUAUAGCUUAUCAACUUGGUAGCUUGCUUAUACAAAGUCGUCCUAAUUAUAUUGUUAAUUAUAUCGGAUAGUUAAGUUAAACCGUUGCCAAUACCUUAACCUUGAGGCGUGCAACAACAUCCAAUUAAACAUCAUUCAGACUUUAAUAAUCUGUGGAAUUUCGUUAAGUUGCAUUGCAACCCGAACAACGCACAAUUAUGGAAGUUAAUUAAAUAAUUAGUUAAGAAAAUAACUAGAAUAAGUACCUAAGUAGAUUUUUUUCCCUAUUUCUGGUUGUUAGCAUGCAGCGUAAAGUGUUAAGAUUUAUUAAGAACAUUACAUUUAAGACUGCUUAUGUAGUGGAAUUUAGUAUAAAUUGUAUGUAGCGUACAAAAAAUUAAAACUUCAUUGCAGUAUGAAUGUCAUUAUUACAAAAUCGGUUAAUAAAGUUCAAAUAAGAAAGAGUUUAAAAUUCAAUAAAAAUUUAAUAU